AUGAGUGAAAAGAUGCCUGUCCAAUUCAAGCCAUCAAAGGAAGAACACCCCAAACCAAAACUGAACCAACCACCUUCCAGUAGACGUCAAAGCAGCUUCUUCAAAAGGCUGAGUCAACGCUUCCGACGAUCGAAGGGUGAAAGAGGUGCUGAUGUUAAAGCGCUUAGAGGAUGUCAUGGUGCAGAUUUUGAAGGUUAUACAGAGCUUAGUAGAGGCGUCAUUGGAUACAAGUGUGGGUGCUUUCAAAGUACGGAUACAUCGUCGAAAGAAAGAUUCCUUGUGGUCAAAGGAGCAUUCUGCUUUGUAUUCAAGAACGAGAUGAGUCCGUCGCCAAAGUAUGCGAUUAGACUUGCGCAUAUGAAAGCAAAUCGAGAUACAUCUGAUGAAGACACCGUUGUGUUGAAAUCAAGUUUGGGAGAUAUUGAGUACACAUUUGUUUUUCGCAACCCCAUGAGUGCAAAACAAUUUACUCGUGUUGCCAACAAGCAAGCCUCACUUGGUGAAAUCGAAGAAGUCAAAGUUCGAUUGGGCCAUGGACACCUUCUGAAAAAAAGCAAGUCUGUCUUGUUUGCAGGGAAAGUUGCAAGGGCGAAGGUCGACGAUCAACCAGAAGAGAAGGAACCCAUCUCUACUGAACAAAUCGCACAAAUGAACCUGAACCAAAUGGCUGUAAUUUAA